AUGGCAUGGAGACGUCCUAUUCCUGUCGCAAGGCUGGCCGGGCCUACACUUUUGCCAAUUGUCUUUCACGUGCCCACUGCCAGCUGGAAUUCAAAGCUUCAGAUGCGGCAUGAGUCCGGCACAGGGAGGCGAUCUAUGGCUCUUCAACCAAUUGGGCCUGUGGCCUGCGCCAUGAUAACAGGCGAUGAGGAGCUUGCCAAAAAGGUCUUGUCCAAGGGGCUUGUUAACAACGAAGUUCGCGAAUGUGCGCUUCAAAGGCUUUAUGAGAAGAAGGGCGUAUCCAAGUGGCUUCUUAUUAGCGCGACCAUUGGUUUCCUGGUGGCCGCAGGGCCUGUGAUCGGGUUGAAGCUCCUAGGCUUCACGGCCGCUGGGGUUGCCAAGGGCUCGCUGGCUGCCAUGAUUCAGUCUACUUUCCCCCUGGUUGGCGCCAGCACAUGGUUUGCAUGGGCUCAAAGUGCGGCCGCCACCGGCAGCGCUUUUUUCUAG